AUGCCACGGGUUCGACUGUCUGUUUACGACUUGCCUAGCGCCUACGAAGAUGUUGCUCGCGGUGUGUCUGCUAGACGAUAUCGUUCUAAAAAUAAAAAUGCCAUGAAGUUAAUAGUAACAUGGAAGAAGUCCGAAACCACUUUACCGUUGAAGUUCAUGAAAGGUUGCGAAAAUAUGAGCAACGUAUCCGAAUUUGCAAAAGUAGUAUCAGCAAAGCGCGCCUGUUUCGACCAGAAGCACUUCCUUAUAGGUCAAGGGAAAACGAGCAUUUCCAUCCAGGCGCCAAACGACGAAAGCCUCGUUCAGACAUGCAAACACGACUUCGAAGCAGAAGACGGCGUCAAAACCAAUGUUUUGUUCGAAUUCAGCUCACUGCCUUGCACUCAUGCAGAGGAAGAGUACGAACUCCACGCAGACGGCAACGUUUACAGAAGAUGCCAUCAUGUCCGAGACAGUCUGCGGCUGACGAAUAAAGCUAUUCACAUAAAUAGUCAACACUUUCACAUCGUUACUACGACGAAUCCAAACAGCCCCAAUGCCAAAGUGAUUGCAAGUUACAACAUAACUGACAGGCGGGUGUUCUUCGAUGAUGACCUCGUACAAACGACAGUGAAUACCAUGAACGAUUUGAAAAAGGACGAAACAACCCAUGGCGCCAUUCAGACGCUGCCAGUCGUUAGAUGGAGCCGAAGGUUAGAAGAAUUGGUGUCGGAAGACUUUGACGAGUGCAUCCAACGAAAACCAGGGAAUACGAAGCUGCUGCAAAAACAUAAUUUGACAUGGAUCUACGUUGCACAUGACUUUGAGGCGUAUCCAGACUUUUGGACCAGCUACCUCAAAUACGUAGUGGACGCUUUGCUCAGAAAGAGAUAUCAGGAAAAUGCCCAGUCUGACACAACUAACUGUCCCAUUGUCUACUUCUUGCGAAAGCUUAUGCGUCUGCACCAAAAUAUGCUGAUCAAAAACGUCUAUCUCUCGCCGUAUGGCAGCCCAGUCGAUCUGAAAGAGUUUAUAGUUUCGCUUUCCUCGCUUCCUGGUGAGGAACUUCAAUCGACACGAUUUCUUCGACUGCUAGACCUUGCAAAAAAUGUACUGUUUUAUGCUCGAGGCCUAAGCAUUGCCUUCGCUUUCAUCGCUGGUACAGACUUUAACGUACACAAUGCAGCUACCGCCUUCAACUCGUCGUCUUAUGAGAAGAAACUGUGA